AUGCGGUUCGGUUUCGGGGGCCGGCCAAAUUCCUCGAUGCGCUGUCGUUGCCCCUCCCGCUGUAUCGGCACCGGCUCCGGCGCCUGCGGAGAUGUCGCCCCUCCCGAUCCUGUGUCUGCGCCGUCGCUUGUGCCUCCUGCUGACCUGGCCCCUGCGCCUGUUGUGGCGCCACCCCCUGCCGUGGCGUCGUCGUCCGCGCCUGCUGUGGUGACAGCCCCUGCUCCUGAAGUGGCGCACCUGGGAGCACGCGGUGUGGCGUCUGCUCCUGCGCCUGCUGCGGCGACUGCACCAAUGCCGGCAGCCGCGUCUGCUCCUGCGCCUGCCGCGGCGCCUGCUCUGGCGCAACCUCCUGCGCCCGCUGCUGCGGCUUCGUAUGCGGCUGCUGUGGCGGCCUCCGUGCCGCCACAAGCUGCGCCCGCCGGGGCGCCUUCUGCUGCUGCUGCUGCUGACCUGUCUUACCAGCCGCCUCCAGCCACCAGCGCCGUCCUGUACCAGGCGGAGGAUGCCGUAUCCUCCUUGACGGACAACGGGAGGAUCCAAUCUCUCUCUCUCUCUCUCUCUCUCUCUCUCUCUCUCUCUCUCUCUCUCUCUCUUUCUCUCUCUCUCUAA